AUGACAGGCCGUGGCCUGUGUACCAUCAGCCUGACAAUCGCGAUUCUACUGUCUUCUCACUCUGCACAAGUAACAGGUCUCCACGUGCCUCAUUUCUUGGUGGACAUCUACGAAGGCAUUCAGGCCAUCACAGCAGCGCAACCUGCCCGCUUGACAGCAACGCACCUGUUUGUUCAGACAGCCUCGAGCGCCACACUGUCACGCGAGGCUGGCCUGGUCCUGGAAAAUGUACCGCUGUCCACAAACAUUGUGGCCUACUCCAAGACGGGCAUGCUCGCUAUUUUCCCCUUGCCCUAUGGGCACACUCAUGCCACGAGUGUUUACGCCGUUGAGUUUGCAGGUCCAGCAAUCGGAACCAAAGACAAUGCAGACCUGAUCUCCCCGGCCUUCACCAACCCGAAUGGUGCAUGGCUGGGAGCUCCACAGGCUGCCCUCGUGGGGGAGUAUGACGGCCAGAAGGCCAUUUUGCUCCUGAACCUCGACAGGCCCAUCUACCAGCCAAGUGAGGACAGGCUGACAUACACAGCAGUGCACACACUGCCCCUGGACAAGAGCAGUUUUGCUCUGGAAAAUGGCGCAAUCAACAAGCUUGUGGAGCAGUACACAAAUGGAGACAACAGCAACGCCCCGCUGUUGCUGAAACCUGCCGAUAUCAAAGAAAGCAUUGUGCUGUCGGAUGUGUCGCUCUUCAUUGACGCCGCAUUUGUGCCGGCCAAGCAUAGCAAUCGCCGGUGGCUCCAGGACACAGCGUCGCGAGCACCAGCGCCUUCACCAAGCGCAGGCCGACUGCCGGCGCUGCCGUCCUGGUUUGCGCCGGGCGGCCCCGGCAACCCGGUGUCCCGGGACAACCCCUCUGUCAUCCCUGGCGCGCCACUCCCCGGCUAUGCGGACACCGGCUUUGUUGAGCCCGCCGCCACAACCGAGUCUGUCAGCAACAGCGCCGCCACUCUCACAUCCCUCCCCGAGGCAUGGGCGCCCGGUUUUGCACCCGGCCCCGCGCCGGAUCUCGCACCGGUGCCAGCCCCCGGCCCGGCCGCGGACGCGCUGAUGGACGUCCAGGCACCGCCGUCACGCGGGGCCAACCCGGUGCUGUGCAUGACGGCGGCCGGGCCGUCCGACUGCGCCACACCGGCAUUCGGCGCCAACGGCGUCGGCUCUUUGGGCGGCCCCCGCAGCGACGGCGCCUCCACUUCGGCGUCCGGCUGGAGCAACUAUGGCUAUUCGGUGGAGACCGGCUCGCGCACACCUGGCAGCAAUGCAUACUCUGUCAACCGCUACCAACCCAAGGGUGGCGUCUGGGGCCCCUACUCAGGCAGGAAUGGGUGAUCCCGUCUGGCCAUCACGUUAUAGACGCUUAUCUUGCCAGUGGCAAGGUGCGUCUGCAGACAAGCUGCAGGUAAUGGCUGCCACAAAUACUACCCCUUGCUGGGCUCGUCAGAU